AUGUCCUUUUUCAACCCAUACUAUAGUUUUUUUGAUUCCAUUAACAAUGAAGUUGAAGACUUCAAUAGAUUUUUUAACCCUGAUAUUAAUACUACAAAUAAUAAAAGACUAAAGACUAAUCCACAUCAUGAAAGGUAUGCCAACCAAGUAACCCUUGGGGCUAACAAUAGGCGCCAUGACCAAGUAAUUACUAGACCGACCACCCAUCUUGAUGAUUGGUUUGAUAACGAUUUUUCUUUGGUUCCAUUUGGUGCAGAAACUGGUGCUCAUAUGGCUGUUCCUGUGGACAUUCUAGAACAUGACAAUAAUUAUGUAUUAAAUGUUACUGUUCCUGGAGUUAAGGCCAAGAAAGAUAUUAGCGUUGAAUAUGAUCAUAACAAGAGUCAACUUACUAUUAGUGGUGAAAUUCCAAGCACCGUCACUGAAGUUAAUAAACAUAAUGUUAAGGUUAAGGAAUGUUUCUCUGGUAGGUUUAAGAGGGUUAUCACAAUACCUGAAUAUCCAGAUAUUGAUAUUGAUAAGAUUAAAGCCGAUUACUCUAGUGGUGUCUUAACUUUGAAUGUCCCAAAGUUAAAACCAAAAAAGGGUGAAAAGGGUAAUGUGAAGAAUAUAGAAAUUACCUCUAAUGAAUCCUGGUCUGAGUAG